AUGACAGUUGUGACAAAUGACAAAAAUGAGCUCAUUCCUACUAGAACAAUCACUGGAUGGAGAAUUUACAUGGAUUAUCACAAGUUGAACGAAGCGACCAGGAAGGAUCACUAUCCCAUUCCCUUUAUUGAUCAAAUGCUAGACAAGGUACUUGAAAAGGAGGUGAAAUUCCUAUUUGAUGAUGCUUGUGUCAAGGUCUUCAAAGAUCUAAAGAAGAGUUUUGUAACUGCACCAAUAAUCAUAGCACCUGACUGGAACUUGCCAUUUGAAUUGAUGUGUAAUGCAAGCGACAAUGCCAUAUGA